AACAUCCAGGCGCCCUAUUGGCUGCGGCGGUUGCUGCGCGGCCGCUCAGGUCGGGGGUGGUGGUGGCGGCGCCAUGGCGGAUCGGUUAACGCAGCUGCAGGACGCGGUGAACUCGCUUGCAGACCAAUUCUGUAACGCCAUUGGAGUGUUGCAGCAAUGUGGCCCCCCAGCCUCUUUCAGCAACAUCCAGACUGCAAUAAACAAAGAUCAGCCUGCUAAUCCAACAGAAGAGUACGCCCAACUGUUCGCAGCGUUGAUUGCACGAACUGCAAAAGAUAUUGAUGUUCUAAUAGAUUCCCUGCCUAGUGAAGAAUCGACAGCAGCUUUGCAGGCUGCUAGUCUGCAUCGAUUAGAAGAAGAAAAUCAUGAAGCCGCUGCCCGUCUGGAAGAGGUGGUUUAUCGUGGGGAUAUGCUGCUGGAAAAGAUACAGAGUGCACUGGCCGAUAUCGCCCAGUCGCAGCUGAAGACGAGGAGCGGGACGCACAGCCAGCCCCUGCCUGACUCAUAGCGCCAGGGGGCAGCUCGCCCCCGCAGAACCGGGCUGCGGCAAGCCGUGUUCGAAACACGGCUCGCUAUCCGCAGAGAGCUCUAACACCCAGCCCGGCUCUUGAGGGACUCUCCGGUGCUCUCAUCAUCGGUAACAGCGUCUUUUAUUAAAGCUCAAACUGCAGGUGUUGUAUGAGAAACACUUCUAUUGUAGAAUCGGUCAUUCUGUCCUAGAAUUACGUGUCUUAAUGUAUGUUUCCUUGACUUAAAAUAUUAAUUUCUGAGCUUUCUUUUCUGUUCAUAAAUAUAUCUGACUUCAGUCUGAUUUGUUUUCCUCAUUACAGAGGCCUUAGUCCCUAAAGGGAAUUCAGGAGGAAAAUACAUUAGCAUUUCUGUAAUUUGUUCACUCCUACUUUCAAACUUUUAUGUUCUUGGUGUAUUUUUUUUGUAAGGCUAAAAUAGAGACACGCUUGAAUUUGCUACAAUUCUAUGGAGACAGUGCUAGACAAUGAUGUGAAUACAGUGGUGGCCAUCUGUUUUAAUUAACAGAACUGGUAAUUAAACAUUUGUAUUACUACUUGGCUGGUUUACCACCCUUUGCAGAGCAAGUAAAGGGAUAAGUAAACUUAAAUGCUUGCAGAGUAAGUGUUCUUGCCAUUGGCAUCUCAUUUUAAAAAAAAAACAAUCUGCAGGUAUCUGAUACUGGAAUUUAUUAUUGUUUUGUAGUUCACAAAUGUGUCUUUGACUCCAUUAUUGCCACUUCCACACUUACUCGUACUUGCUCGUGCCAUUUCUCUGCUUCUGCUGGUAUUCUACAUUCUUGGGGCAACUGGUGAAUGCCUGUAGAGCAGACAGUAAUGAGGAAGCAUGGGAUGACUAGGAAGAAAUUAGCAAUGAGGGAACUGAAAAUAACUUAUUAUGUAAUGUUGCUUUUCACUGUAAGCAGUGGCUGCCACAUGAAUCCUCUGAUCGUAAGCAGCCAGAGGCCUGUUGGCCCCAACAUGCCCUAGAGAGUUUUUUUGUUUUUUAUCUUCACACACUGAAUAAAUUUUUGCCCCUUGUCUUAGGAUUCUGGAAAUACCAGCAUCUCUUUCUAUAUCUGAAAAAGAAACAUCAGAUAACAUAGGGUUCAAUGCAUGAGCAUGGAGUUGAACUGUUAAUCAUUUUCUGUACUUUUGAGUUAGCAGCCUUGCAUUUUUUUAGGUUGCUGUUUAUUGCUGCAUAUCUCCUCAUUUCCUGAUCAAAACUGCCUACUUCUAUGUAUCAGACAUGCUGUCAUUAACUUGAAUGUUGCAUGUGUAGACAGAUAAGAGCAAUUCAAAUAGGUCUUUAGCGUGCUGAUCCUUCAGCAAUUAGAUGCAGCCACUCACUAGACGGCACCAAUGAAAGGAAGAGUAUAACAUG